UUGCUGCUGACGUUGGUGCUGUCCGAAGUAACGAUGGCGUCCACGGAUCAGUCCCUCCUGGACCUCACAGAUAAGGAAACCCGGGAGAAACUGUCGCUGUGGGAUCGCCGCACCGAUGCCACGGCUCCCCUCACGGAGAAACAAAUGGACUCCGUCCUGGAGAUCCGAGCUGCGGCUGAAACGCUCUCUGUGCCCUCAGAGUUGCCUAUAGAGGACUUGUGCAGCCUGUCAUCACGGUCAUUGCAGUCCCCGUUCACAGCGACUGUUCCUGCAUCAACAGAGGAUGUCCUGCUCAAAGGUUUCCAGAUGCUUGAUAUGGAAAAUGACAGGAUAGAAACUGCACAACAGUUUUUUUCCUGGUUUGCCAAGUUACAGGCCAACAUGGACCAAGAUGAAAGCGCAAAAUACAGGAAAACCAGAUUUGAGCUAAACUGCUAUCAGGAACAAUGCGAUGCCAUUCUAAAAGAUGUCACUGCAGCACUUGAGCAUUUGGACUCCCUUCAGAAACAAUACCUGUUUGUGUCCAACAAGACCGGUGCCCUGCAUGAGGCCUGUGAACAGCUCCUUAAAGAACAGUCAGAGCUUGUUGACCUGGCAGAGAGCAUACAGCAGAAACUGUCAUAUUUUAACGAGCUGGAAAACAUAAACACAAAAUUGAACUCGCCAACCUUGUCUGUAAAUAGUGAAGGUUUCAUCCCAAUGCUAUCGAAAUUGGAUGACUGCAUUGAAUAUGUUUCCUCACAUCCCAAUUUCAAGGACUAUCCGGUUUAUUUGGCCAAGUUUAAACAAUGUCUCUCUAAAGCUAUGCACUUCAUGAAGAUCCACAUUGUAAACACUAUGCAGAAUCUCACAAGCCAGUUAACAAAAAGGGAUCCAUUGGGUUUGGCAAACGCAGACAAUGCCUUCACACUUUACUACGUCAAGUUUAGAGCAGCUGCACCUAAAGUUAGAUCACUGAUUGAACAGAUAGAACAGCGAGCAGAGAAGAUUCCAGAAUACCAUCAGCUCCUUGAUGAAAUCCAUCAGUGCUAUCUUGACCAGAGGGAGCAGCUCCUGAGUCCCUGCAUUACAUCCACCAUUACUGACUUGACCAACCAAAACUGCAAAGACCACUGCGCUCUGGUUCGCAGUGGCUGUGCCUUUAUGGUGCAUGUGUGUCAGGAUGAGCACCAGCUGUACAAUGAGUUCUUCUCCAAACCUACACCUAAACUAGAUGAGCUGCUAGAGAAGUUAUGUUUGUCGCUGUAUGACGUCCUCCGGCCUCUGAUAAUCCACAUCAUCCAUCUGGAAACCCUGUCUGAGCUCUGCAGCAUCCUCAAGAAUGAGAUGCUUGAAGACCACGUUCAUAACAAUGCUGCUCAGCUGGGGGCCUUUGAUGCAGUCGUCAAGCAGAUGCUGGAAGACGUUCAGGAGAGGCUGGUCUACAGGACUCACAUUUACAUCCAGACCGACAUUACAGGCUACAACCCAGCUCCAGGGGAUCUGGCCUACCCUGAGAAACUGGAGAUGAUGGAGAGAAUUGCACAGAGCUUGAAGGAAGAGCAAAUGAAGCAGAUGUCACAAGAGUCCUUAUUUUCUGACGUACAGCUUGAGGAUCCUGAUAGUAGAAGAAACAGUAACGCUGGCAGUGUUGAAGCAUCUCGUCUGCAGACAACUGUCUCUCCUGCUGAUUUGCACGGCAUGUGGUACCCUACUGUCAGACGAACACUGGUUUGUCUGUCCAAGCUCUACAGAUGUAUAGAUAGAGCAGUCUUCCAGGGUUUAUCUCAAGAAGCCUUAUCUGCCUGCAUCCAGUCCCUGCUUAAAGCUUCUGAUAUCAUCCUUAAAAACAAGACACAAAUAGAUGGGCAACUUUUCCUGAUCAAGCACCUGCUGAUAAUGCGUGAACAGAUUGCCCCAUUUCACACCGAUUUUGCCAUCAAGGAAAUCUCACUGGACCUGAAAAAAACGCGAGAUGCUGCCUUCAAAAUCCUGAACCCUAAGGCUGUUCCCAAAUUCUUCCGACUUAACAGUCACAACGCCAUACUUGAAUUCCUGUUGGAGGGAACACCAGAGAUAAAGGAGCACUACAUUGACUCUAAGAAGGAUGUGGACCGGCACCUGAAGUUCAGCUGUGAGCAGUUUAUCCAGCAGCAGACUCAGAUCUUUGUGGGGAACCUUGAGGAGUUUCUCACCAAGGUUUCAGCUCUUAAAACUAUGGCUAUUCAAGGUGGUCCCACGUAUAGUCUGUCUCAGCAACCUUGGGCACAGCCAGCGAAGAUCAACGAUAUAGUGAUGGCUACCUACCGGGUGAUGAAGAGCAAGCUGCCAAGCACUUUACAGAGCAUGUCCUUGUACUUAGCCAAUAGAGACACAGAGUUCAUCCUUUUCAAGCCUGUCCGGAAUAACAUCCAGCAGGUAUUCCAAAGACUGCACGCCUUGCUUCAGGAGGAAUACAGUGGAGAAGACCUUCAAAUCAUUGCAUGUCCAUCUAUGGAGCAGAUUAACCUACUGCUGUCUGUGAAUAAGUAAUGUGCGGCGUAGCGAUACUGGUGGACACCUCCUGGAUAGCAAUGGGAUGUUGCAACUCCAGCCAUGACCAGGAGCUGUGAGGUUGAGGAGGCAAGAUGACCAGAACCCUGCACCUGAGCUGCAUGCUAGACCAGGAGUGCUGAUGGGAAGGCAAAAAAAAGGCAUAAUAAUUCUGCACAAGGCCAAAGAUUUUUUUAAACUGAGGCCCAAGUAGCUGCAAGUAUGAAGAGUUCAGGUAUUUAUCUUGUGGUCUAUAACAAACUGGGAGGUGGAGAGUAAGUUUUGGGGUACUGAGUUGAUCCUUUUGUUUGACUUAAACUAAAGGCUUGUGGUUAUGGUUGCUUUCAUGUAGCGGAAUACCAUCUUGAAUAAGGUGGAUUUGCGAUCACAGCUGCGUCUCUCUUAACAACAAAUUGCUUGCAUAAAAAGACUUUGCACACUAAGUGGGUGUGGGGUGUUGAGACAAGGACACUUUAGGUGCACAGAUAGAGCUACUGAACAGUUGCUCAUCAGCCAGGUAGCUAAUGGCCAGUAUGGGGGCUCGCGUGCAGAUGCCCAGAUAGUCUUGAUGGCUUUGGAAGGAUGACAAAACAAAUGCUGCAUAAUAUUUUAUUCCUCUGUGCUACAGGUGUUUCAGGUCCAACAGGUUUUCCCCUCUAAUCAUAGCAAAAUCCACACAGCUGUUUUCUUAAAUGUUUAUCCAGCUCUUUCUUGCGAAUGUUUUGUUGUAAAUGUGAAAAAAAAACGAAAAAGACAAUGAAAUAUUAUGUUUUAUACGUUUUUCUUUUAUAUAACUGGGUUGAUUUAAAAAAAAUACGGACUGUUGACUUUAUCAGUUUUGCUCUGUAUGUGAUUCAAGGUUGUGUUUCCUAGUGGUCCUCACAGAGUCUAACAGAAGUAACGGGACACUAUCAUUGUGACAUUUGCUCUGGUGUGUCCCAUGUAAAAUGAUGUGUACAGUAAUGCUAUUUAUGGACAUUUUGAUUAAAACUGGUUAAUAAUG